AUGGCUCAGCCCAGCAUCAAGCAGCAGCUCCUCCGCUCUACAGAAUGGAUCAAGGCGCAGCAGGGCGACAGCUACGACGCUAAAGUGCCCGAGCUGGUAGCCGCGCGCCUCCGCUGCACGCGCGCCUGCGAUGCGCUAAACGAUUCACGGGAUUAUUCCCGACGCAACCAGGUGGAACUCUGGAGGAGUCUCACCUUGGACGACCACCCCCUUCCACCGCGACCAGCCACAGAAGCAGACGAUGAGGCCUUGCUGGCCAGGGAGCCGGUCGUCAUGGCGCCCCUUCGCGCCGAGUACGGGUUCAAUAUCCGGCUGGGCGAAGGGACAUUCCUCAACUGGAAUUGCACCUUUCACGACGCCGUGCCCGUCACAAUUGGGGCACGCACCGUCGUCGGUCCCAACUGCAGCUUCUACUGUGGCUCGCAUCAUCUCGACCCCCAGUUGCGCAACGGCGACCUUGGACUGGUCACCGAGAAGCCCAUCGCCGUCGAGGAGGAUUGCUGGAUCGGGGGCGACGUCGUCAUCCUCGGCGGUGUCACCGUCGGCCGAGGAUGCACAGUCGGAGCCGGCAGCGUCGUGACCAAGGAUAUCCCUCCAUUCCAUGUUGCCGCAGGAAACCCUGCCAGAAUAUUACGCAAGAUCCAGACUGCCAUGGAGAGUGGCUCAUGA